GCGUCGUCGGCGGGCACGCGCGCGAAAAUGCCCGUUCGAUAAAUCAGUCAAAGAUUACGGCGCAAAUAUCGCAACUUGUCCGAGACUCACUUCCUUCGAUUGGUAUGUUUAUCGGCGGUAUACCGCGUAUAUAGGUUAGUAUGAAGUUUUUCAGUAUGAAGAACUUUAUCAGUACUUUGAAGAUAGUUUUCCUGAAUUACUUGCGCGCGCUAUGCUACACCGUGACAUUCACGCUCCUGUGCUAUUGUCUUCAUCCGGCGCGAUUCGCUUCUCACUACACCUUUAUCAAGACGGAAAACAUCUAUGACGAGAUGGAGAGAUCGUAUCCACCGAGAGACAACUCCUGCGUAAUCUCCGUCAGCGAUGGACGAUCCUCCCAACUGUUUUAUCCAGAGGAACAUCCCAGGGAGGAUCCAGUGGUAAUGGCCCGGCGGCUCGGUAUUUUACCGGGCGGCCAGUGGAAGCCACUUAAUUGCCAUCCCCUCUUCAACGUGGCUAUUAUACUACCUUAUCGCAAUCGGCAGAGUCAGCUUGCCAUUUUUAUGAAUUACAUACAUCCCUUCUUGCAGUCGCAGAAUCUGGACUAUCGGAUAUUCGUAAUCGAGCAGAGUCCGAUGCGCGAGUUCAAUCGCGCUAAGCUCUUCAACGUUGGAUACGCCGAGGCUACCAAGAUCAACGAUUUCCAUUGUUUUAUUUUCCAAGAUAUAGACUUGAUACCGCAGAAUCCGAACAAUAUCUACGCAUGCACCAAAAUGCCCAGGCAUAUGAGCUCCAGUGUAAAUACUUUUCGAUACAACCUACCUUAUACUGGCCUGUUUGGAGGUGCGAUAGCGUUGACGAGGAAGCAAUUUGAAAGAGUAAAUGGAUUUUCCAAUGUGUUCUACGGUUGGGGUGGAGAAGAUGAUGAUUUCUACAGUCGUUUACAAUCCAGGGGUUUCCAGAUUACACGCUUCGGACCUAAUGUAGCACAGUAUUAUAUGCUGACGCAUAAGAAGGAAUCUCCCAGUACUACGAGAUUUGAAAAUUUGGAAAAUGGUGCUCGAAGAUACGACACUGAUGGAUUGAGCAACCUGGAAUACAGAGUAUUAAAUCAUCAAUUGCGACCAUUAUAUUCUUGGAUUUUAGCUGAUGUGUAAUUCACAAGAUAUUAUUUAAUAUUACGAUAUAUAUAUAUAUAUAUCUUUUUUAAAGAUAUUACUGCUAAUCAUAUAAGUUAUUAUAGCGCAUUACAUAUUUUUUAAUAUUAAAAAGUUUUAUCUUAUACAAAGUAAAUUAGAGAUAGGGAUUGGCAGGUGGGCACUGCUCGCGGGCAAUAAAUUGAACGUCUUGGGCAAUAAGUGAUAUAGGGAGAAAUAAUGAGUGUCACACGUGAAAGAUACAGGUCUCUAAAACAUAGGUGGACGAGAUAUGUACACAAAGAA